UCUUUGUCCGCCGCCCGCAUUGGGCCCUGCCUCCCCUUCCCCUUCGCUGGUUCUUCUGUUCCGCGCCGCGCUCGCGAGACGCACACCACAUCGCGCGCCGGCGUCGCCUCAGCAGGUAUCCAGCCGGCCUACGGCCGCACUGAGCUCUCGCGGGACAGGCAGAGACCACGGUCGGCCGCGAUGGCUGCUGCCGCCGCGCCAGCCUCCUCUUCUUCCUCCCCUGGCUGGGACUUCACCUGCAACUUUGAAGUUGAUUAUGGAUCUGAAGAACACGCUUCCAUUGUCUACAAGACAUUAGCUGUUGACAAGGAGUUGCAGCCAGAUAAGGUCAGGAGGGAGAUGACUGUUUCUGGUGGCAAGCUCCUCGUGCGCUUUGAAGCAGUAGAGGCUCGGUUUCUGCGAGCGUCAUUCAGCGCAUUUGUCGACCUUAUGGUACUUAUCACAAAGCUUGUCGAAGAAUACGGCGUAAGCAAGGAAGAGCAUUCCUGAUAAGCGAUAUGAUCUAGUUAGUCAAACAUGUGGUCAUUCAGACCACCUGUAUUUGCCCGGAUCUUCUCCUGUGAAGGUACUGUGUAUUUGUGAAUUCUGAAUGAAACAUUUUGUACUCUGUAGUAUGGAUUACUUCCCAUUCGAAUUUCACUGUAAUGAGAAA